AUGAGCAUAUCUUCAGUCCCUCCGCUACUUCUGACUCCCAAUAGUCUCUUCGCUAAUAUAUUCAUGCAGGAUGGUCCAAAACUCCCUAGAUUUAAUGGGAUUUUGAUCAAUACUUUCGACGGGAUAGAAACAGAGGCGGUGGAGUUGCUGAAUGGAGGAAAAGUAAUCGAAGCGUUGCCUCCACUAUUUACUGUUGGACCUUUAGUGCCCUGUGAGUUUGAGAAGGUUGAUGAUGAUCAAUUGGGAAAUGCACAACUAUUGAAGUGGCUUGAUGAUCAGGCUGAAGGGUCAGUGGUGUAUGUGAGCUUUGGAAGCAGAACAGCUCUCUCAAGAGAUCAGAUCAAAGAGCUUGGUGAUGGGUUGGUGAGAUGUGGGUUUCGGUUUCUGUGGGUGGUGAAGGAGAAGCUAGUAGACAGAGAGGAAGAAGAGGUGGUGGAAGCUGCCUGGUAUGGUGUAAGAAUCCUAGCUUGGCCACAAAAUGGGGAUCAGAAGCUCAAUGCAGAGGUGGUUGAGAGAAGUGGGCUUGGGAUAUGGGCCAGAACUUGGGCCUGGACCGGAGAUGACCCGGUGGUGGUGGUGAAGGGGGAAGACAUUGCUGUGAAGAUCAAAGAGCUGAUGCAGAGUGAAGAGCUCAGAGUGAAGGCUUUGAAGAUUCGAGAAGAGGCUAAAAGGGUUGCUGGGUGCCGUGAGAAAAUUUUCAAGGGACUGAUUGAGGAGUGGAGUAAGAAUACUUGA